UAUUAGUGCAAUUAAACUCCCAAAACGGCUUGUGUUUCUUAUCACAAAUUUAUAAAUUGAAAAACUGCCUUCUUUUUAAGCAAUGUCGUUGCCGGCUGAAGAGGAGGAAUCAGCGGAAGGUGCCGCGGAUCAUGAUUUCAUCGAACUGAAGAGCAUGGAGGAUGUGAAGGCCUGCGAGCAGCAACAAUUACUGCAGUACGUCGAAAAGCUGCACGGAAUUAUUCGAAAAUACGACACCAAACUAGCGGCCUACAAGCAAAAACUGGUGCACUUCCUAAACCAAGAAAAGACUUCCUGCGACAAAGCCGUCCAAGCAACCGAAUCGGAGUUGCAGGAAAGCCAGGAUUCCCCAAACAAUGAUGAAGACACCGACAAAAAAGACAAGCCCAGCGAUUUAUCGGCGACAGAUGCAUUCAGCUUCGUGGAUGAGAUGCGGCAGGCGGCCAAGCACGCCGAAAACCUGAACAACUUCGUCUAUGAGCCGACAUCGGGCAUGUACUACGAUCCCAAGACGGGCUACUACUAUAACGCGGAGUACGGGUUGUAUUACGAUGGGAACACAGGCUGCUACUACAGCUAUGACCACGGCAAAGACUCGUACGAGUUCCACUCGCAGGCGCAGGUGCAGGCGAACGAGGCGGCGGCGGCGGCGGCGGCGGCGGCCAAGCCGGAAUCGGCGGACGAGGACGAGCAGCAGGUCGAGUUCGAUGAGCUGGGCGGCGUCAUCACGGAUCCCGAAACGCUGAAAAGGAUCAAGGCCGAGAAGCAGAGGGUUAAGGAACGCGCCGAGAAGUCCAAGCGCAAGGCCAAGGCAAAGAAGAAGUCGAAAAAGCACAGCAGGAAGAAGCGCAAGAAGGAGCGACGCCACAAGUCGAGGAAGCGGCACAGGGACUCAGGGGAUGACCGCGAUGAGGAUGCCGAGGAGGGCGAGUUGUCGCAAAGCAGCGACUCCAGUUCCGACUCCAGCGAUAAUGAUGCUCAGAGCAGCAGCAGCAACAGCGACACGGAGGACAGCAGUGUUCCGGUCUUCAAGGCUGCCGGUCGCUUUCAAGACAUUGCCAAGAAGUACCCGCCCUCGCUGCGCGUCAUUGUCCAGGAGACCAAUGUGGAUAGUCUAAAGGUGGGAAGUCUGCAUUUGAUCACCUACAAAGGCGGCUCAUUGGGUCGCGAGGGCGCCCACGAUGUCAUCAUUCCGGACGUGAACGUGAGCAAGUGCCACUUGAAGUUCAACUACGAGGCCAAGCUGGGAAUCUACAAGUGCCUGGAUCUGGGCUCCCGCAACGGCACCAUUCUCAACGGUUCUCCCAUGGCCAGCGAUGCUAUGGACCUGGUGCACGGCAGUGUCAUCACCUUGGGACAGACCAAACUCCUGUGCCAUGUGCACGAGGGCAACAGCACCUGCGGGCUGUGCGAACCGGGUCUGUUGAUAGAGACACCGGCGCCGGCUGUGGCCACAGUUGGCGCAUCCACCGCCACUGUAUUGUCCCACAAGGAGCAGCUCAAGAAGCUGCAGCGCAAAUAUGGCCUGGAAAAUGAGAAAUUUGUAGAGACCAGUGGCAAUGGUCAAGCCUCCAACUACAACGAUCGUGCCGCAACUAGACGUGUCAAAGUGGGCAGCAGCACGGAUAAGGAAAAGACCGAGGUGGCUUGUGUGAACACUGAGAUUGGCAGCUCAAACAAGGGCUUUAAAAUGCUGAGCAAACUGGGCUGGCAAAAGGGCGAUACUCUGGGCAAGACCAAUGCCAGCACUGGACUUUUGGCGCCUAUCACUGUGGUGGCCAAUGAGGGCACAAGUGGACUGGGGAACAGUGACCCAGUGAGCUCCCGACCCAUGGACAAACGAAAGUUGGCCAACUUAAAGAUCACCCAGGCGCGAUAUCAGCGCGCCAACGACAUAUUCGAUGAUAGUGAUUAGAAAAAGGCAUUUUUGAUUGUUGGAAACACAUUUAAUUAACAAUUACUCAAACAUAUUCAUAAGUAUUGGGUAUAUAUGUAUGCAUAUAUACAUCGGUUCUAUAU